CUUGAUAAACUGAUAAGCUAUCGUCGUAAACACUGCGGCGGUGUACGACGGUGUUUGUAACUAUAAUAAUAAUAUUAUAAUAUUAUAUGAACGGUAUAAUAUUAUUUGUCUACGAUUAAACACUUCUACGUUCGCCAGCGAUUACUACUGCAUGGCCAUUGGCCCCGUAAAUCGUAAAUAACAGUAGUAAUAAUAAAUAUUAAAUAGUAAUAGUUAUAAGCGCGCGUCGCCCGGUUUCCUUGAUGCAUCAGAUUGCCGACCCGUCGUCAUCGUCGUCUGCGCUGCGCGGACCGCGUCGUGUGUCGUACGACUACUGCAAUAGGAAUAAUGACGUGCUCGCCCGCGCCGUGCCUUCAGUCGGUCGUUAAUCGGCGGAUGCGAUGAACGCGCCACCGUUACUAAAAUCAAAAAGGCAGUGCAACAACGACGGUGCCAUCGUGACGGUACGCCACGCCGCGUCGUGAACGCCCGCACAUAUCGUACACACAUACCGUCCGGGAGAUGUGGAUAGCAACAUGGUGUCUGGGCUUCGUCUUGUUCUCGUGUCCCAAUUGCCUGUACGUUUGCGUCGGACGCGCAGCCGCCCAAAACAUCACCAGCUGCGAUCCACAGGUAACCAAAAGCAAACCACAAAAUUUAACUGUUACUAAUGUAACCAGUCGAUCAAUAACAGUAACAUGGCUCGCACCAAAAGAUGGUGAGGAUGGAAUAACCAAUUACAAUCUUUAUUAUUCAUAUGACAAUAACACAUAUGCAAAAUUAUUGACAUAUACACACAUAUACACAAUUGUAGAUCUCAAACCUUUCACUGAGUACCAAGUACACGUUGUGGCCAAAUGUGGAAAUCAUAUAAAAAGUGAAUCUUCAGAUACAAUAAUGCAAUAUACUGAUGUUGAUGGUCCAGGUCCACCAAUUAUUAUAAAUGCUACAUGUGUACCAGGAACUAACGGCACAUCUAUUUUCUUACAAUGGACUAAACCUCAACUAUUUUAUAGAUCAGUAGAUGAAUAUAUUAUAUAUGUUUCUUAUGACACUGAUUUUGUUAAAAAAUUAAACUAUUCUUUACCAAAAGACAGUAACAAUUUAAAUCAUUUUCAGUAUGUUGUUCAAAACUUAACAGGUAAUACCAUGUAUGAAUUAAAAAUAAAUGGAGUAACAAAUAGUUACCUUGGAAAAGAUGUAAUUGAAGGUAAAGCUUCAGAGCCUCGUUCAGUCUAUUUACAUAAAGAUUGUGAUAAUGACAGUACUUUGAAAAAUAAUCAUAAUUUAAUUGAAAAUACAAAAUCUCUUUUAAUUGGCUUAUGUUGCGUAUUGGGAUUACUUUUCAUUGUGGCUGUUGUAUUAUUUUGGCAAUGCCAUCCUGUGUGUAGGGUAUACUUUCAUGCUGCUUAUUAUUAUCUGGAGGAUCCACCAUUUGUGUCACAUACUGUACCAACAUUACCAAAUUCUGAUUGGUGGAAGCACAAACAAGAAUCUCAUGUUGUGACAGUGGAUGGUUUUGCUAAGCAUGUAGCUAAUUUGCAUGUUGAUGGAGAUAUUGGUUUUAGCAAAGAAUAUGAAAUAAUUCAAGAAGAGUCCAUGAAUUUUGAUUUUUCAACUGAGUCAUCACAAUUACCAGAAAAUAAAACAAAAAACCGAUAUCUUAACAUAGUUCCUUAUGAUCAUAGCAGAGUUAAACUUCAUAUUAAUAAUAUGCCUGGAAGUCAUUCUGAUUAUAUAAAUGCUAACUAUAUUGAUGGUUUUGAAAAAGCUAAUGCAUACAUUGGCACACAAGGACCAUUACCAUCAACAAUUAUUGAUUUUUGGCAAAUGAUGUGGGAACAACAUGUUCACGUUAUUGUAAUGAUAACAAAUUUAGUAGAACGUGGUCGGAGAAAGUGUGAUUUAUACUGGCCAAAUGAAGGUAUAGAAACAUAUGGAUUUAUUCAAGUUAAAUUAUUAAAAGAAGAACUUAUGGCUAUGUAUACUGUUCGUACAUUUCAAGUGCAUCAUACACGAGCUAAAAAGAAAAAAAAUAUGCCACUAGGUAGAACUAUAUAUCAAUAUCAUUAUACUAACUGGCCUGAUCAUGGUACGCCAGAUCAUCCUUUGCCAAUUUUAAGUUUUGUGGAUAAAUCAGCUGGAGCUAAUCCACCUGACGCUGGUCCUAUUGUUGUUCAUUGCAGUGCUGGUGUUGGUAGAACUGGUACAUAUAUUGUAUUAGAUACUAUGUUAAAGCAAAUUAAAAGUGAAAAAGAAGUGAAUAUAUUUGAUUUCUUAAAGCACAUUAGACAGCAAAGGAAUUUUUUAGUCCAAACUGAAGAACAAUAUAUAUUUAUCCAUGACGCUUUAUUAGAAGCAAUAAAUUGUAUGUAUUCUAGUAUUAAUAGAAAAACCCUAGCAAGUUAUCUUCAAACAGACUUAAACGAUUGUAAAAUUACAUCAUUUGCUUCAGAUUUUGAAAAACAUUAUAAGAUGAUAACGUCAUUUGUCCCACAAGAAUAUUUGUUACUUUCUGCAAAUAAACCCUUUAAUCGAAAUAAAAAUAGAUCUCAAGAAUUUGUUCCUGUAGAAAAUUCUCGAGUACACUUGACACCAAAACCCGGAAUUGAGGGAAGUGAUUACAUUAAUGCAUCAUGGAUAAUUGGGUUUAAACGUCUAGGAGAAUUUAUUGUCACACAACAUCCUCUUCAAAAUACAGUUUUAGAUUUUUGGCAAAUGCUCUGGGAUCACAAUGCACAGACUGUAGUAAUAUUAACUGAUAUGAGUGAAGACACGGAAUCACUUGUUAAAUUUUGGCCUGUGGACUCGGAUACAACAUUAGAUAGUGAUAAUUUUAAAGUUAAAAGUGUUCAAGAAGACAAAAUAGGAGAUGAUUAUGAAACAAGAGAUCUUGUCAUUCAAUCUGUACAAGAUGAUUUUAUGCUUCCAGUUAGAUUAAUUCACAGUAAAUAUUCUGUCAGAGAAUUAUCUUCAUUGAUUAAAUUAUUAGAAAUUGUGCAAAUGUGGCAUUUAGAAUACCAAAAUGGCCCUAUUGUUGUAGUAGAUAAAUUUGGUGGAACAGAAGCAGCAAUAUUUUGUUGUUUAACAACUAUUGGUAAACAACUACAACAUGAAAAUGUAGGCGAUAUUUCAUUAUAUGCUAAACUUUAUCAUAAUCAAAGACCAGGCAUUUGGAAGGAUAUAGAAAAUUAUUUAUUAUUAUAUCGAGCUUUAGAACUUAUGUCUGGAGGAAGUUGUUUUAAUGUAUUACCAUCAAGUUCAAUUACCAGUAUAAAUAAUGUGGCAAAUGGUAGUCACAAUUCACUAACUUUACCUAAUGGAAAUGCUCUUUCACCAAAUAAACAAAAUGGAGUAUUAAUUUCUCAAUCGUAAUUUAUGAACCAGUAUGUAGUAGUAUAAAAGUAGCUGUUAAGUAGUUUGACUAAUUACUCAAUAACCGUUUUGGUACAUUAUCUAAGUCUAUUAGUAUCCUCAAUUUUUUUUAAAUUGUAUGUUUAAAUUGAUUAGUACAUUUAUGUUAUAACUAACCUUCUGUUAAUUUAUCUGAAUUUAAAAUACAAACAAUUUUAGUAAUAUAAGAAAUGAAGAAAAUAUUUAUUAAAAUUCACAUAAAUUAAUAAUUAUAAUAGUAAAUUAUAAAAAUUAAUUAUCAUCAACAUUUUUUUAGUUUACAAUUUUUAAAAAUAACAUACUAUUUUUAGUUUAUAAUUGCAAUAUAUUUAAUAAGGCACUUAACUACUGAUUUACCUGUAUAUUUGCAAGCUUCUUGAUACAAACUACACCAAAAAUAUUAAUAUUAAUGACUAUUCUUACACUAUAAUUUAACACAAAGUAUCUAUAAAACAUUUCACAAAUACCUUCUUCAUUAAAAAUAUUGAUCAUCUCAUUAUUACUGUAAAUUUUGUUUUUAUGUUGAUUAAAUUUAUCUUCUGAUGUGUAGGUUAUUUUUCCAUUAAAAUCUUUCAACUAUUAAAAUACCCUUUUCUGUCAUUGCUGUUACUGUUUUGAAUCGUCAAUAUUAUUGGAUUGUUAUACAAGGUUUCAAUAAAUUUAAGUAAUAUUAUGCAUUUGACAGAUAAAUAAUUUUUUUUUUUUAUGUAAUACUAUUUAUAAUAAUAAUACUGUUCUAACGGUUCAUUAUUGAAUUUUCAUAUUAUUUUAUUAAUCUUCAAACACUUGGUACUUGAAAUCCGAGAUAGUUAUUGUAAUAUAUCUUAUUCACACAUCUUGGGCUUGAAAAAAAAUAGUCUUGUCAAUUAACUAUUUCAUUUAAAUCUUGUUUGUUUAAUGCUUAGUAGAUUAUAUUAUCGAUCCAAUUAACUUCCAAAUCUUUUUUUAUUUUAUUAUUUGUAUGACAGAAUUAUACUAUUAAAUGUUUGUGAUCAAUUUGGUAUUAUUGUAUAUGUUCUUAUAAAUAAUAUUUGUGUUUGUAAAUAAAUUAUUUAUUUUUAUGUUUUUGUUGAGCUAAACCUGAUAAUUGUAUAGACUAAUAUAAUUAUAUGUGUAAACAAUUUAUACCUCAAUAUACUAUAUAGGAAAACAUUUUUCUGUGGCGGCCUUUUUCAUGAAUUUGUCUUAAAUUUUUAUGUAUAAAGGUGCAUACAUUUAACUCAAGUCACUAUUAAGUUUUUGAAAAUGAUUUUUACUUACAAAGUUUUAAGUUGUUAAAAAACAAUAUUUUUCUAUUUGUUUGUUAUCUUCUUUUAAUGUUAUACUUAUUAUAAUACAACAUGGGCUGUUAAUUUUUUAAUCUAAAAUAGAGUAUUUUUUGAAGUAAUUCAAUGUAUAAAAAUUGAAUAUUUGACAAGUUGUUUAUGAGAUCUAUAUUUAAAUUUAGGUGAGCGAGGCAGGAUGGUAUCAGAGGUACCCAACAAAGGUUCUUUGUUCAUCUAAACUUUAAAUACUUAAAAGUAUUAUAAAUAAUAAACUACUGAUCUGAAAUUUGAUUUUUGUAGAUGGAAAUUCUCCAAAUAAUGCUUUAAAAUAAAAAAAGCCUAGAAUUGAUAAUGAUAAAAAAAAAUAGUAAAAAAUAUAAUUGUUUCCAAAAAUAUAGUUUCUUAACAACUUAAAAUUAUGUAAAAGAAUUAUUUUCAAAACAUUUUUUUUUUAAAUAAUAAAUUUUGCGUUAAAUGAAUCAGCCUAUAUCUUAACAAAAAUGUUGAUAUGGUGGCUUAUAUAUUUUUUUAAAUUUUUCUAUUUAUACUAAAAUUUAUAAUACCUAAUUAUUAUAAUAUUUUAUUUGAAAUAUUUAGAUUAGGUAAGAAUAUAGUUGGAUAAACAUAAUAACACUCAAGAAUCUUAUUGUUACCUUCUGUAGUUGCCAAUGUAUAAUUGAUUAUCAAAAGCAAAUAUUUCUUAUAUUUCUAUAUUAUGUAAAUUUUACUAUGAAUUCAAUAUUACAAGUGCAAAUUCACAAUCGUAUAUACAAUUUUACCCAUUCAGUUAAUUAAUAUUGACACUUAGUAUGUUUUAAUAAUUUAUAUAAAUUGUGGUCAUUAUUCCAAUUUCUUAAGUAAUCUAACCAAUUAUUUUGAUUAAAUUAUUGCACAAUUAAUUAAUUAAAUUAUUAUUAUUUGAUGAGACCAUAUAUUAAUAUAAUAUUAUGUCUACACUAAAGUUUAAUUAUUACUGUUUUCCACGUAUAACCCCUAUCAAUAGCCUAUUUAAAUUAAAAUUUAUUAUUUUUCCUCUGUAAAUAUUUUAAACAAUUAAAAACUAUUAUUGUAAACUAGACAUAUCUAAUUAUUCUUAAUAAUAAAAAUAAUAUUGUAAGACAAUUGGGUAUUUAUAAAAAACAUUAUUUAAUUCAGUUUUCAAAUAUUUCUUUACUAGUUAUAAAAAGCCAUUAUUACUACUUAAGUAUAUACAUUUAAAACAAAAAAUAUACAAUUGUUUUGCACAGUUAAAUUAAAAUUAUUAAGUGUAUUUAAUAUUCAUAAGUUGCAUUUCAGUUACUAUUAAUUUAUGUAAAAUGUACCUUGGACUUGAAAAAUUUUCAAAUAUUUUCAUAUGGUAUACAUUUAUAUGUAAUAUUAUAAUUCUUCCAAGACUUAAAAGCACUAAUAAAGGCCGCCUGAAAGCAUUUAUUAUUUUUCCAUACUGCUAUUACAUUUUAAUUUAUUUGAUGUUCUAACUUCUAAAAAUAUUGUACAUAUACUAUCAUUCUAUUAGCAAAAUACAAUUUUCUUUUUAAUAGGAAAAUAAAUAUUUUUCAUACAUUAUUUUACUUUUUGACGUUUAUAACCUACUUAAUUUUAAUAAACAAUAACAUAUAACACACCAACAUAUUUCUCUUAAUCGUUUUUAAAUACUCAAUUUGAAAUGAUUUAAUCUACCUACUUCUUUAAUAUACAUCAACCAAUUAAUUAUCAUAACAUUUCAGUUGUUUUUAAUAUGAGACAAACUCUGAUUUAACCAAUUAUUAUUAAAAAAAUUUUAUCAAUUGUAUUUAUUAUUAGUAUAUCAGUGUUAUUGUACAUAUUACAUUGCAAUAAUAAAACUAAAAGAAUACCUAUAAAAUAUUUAUUCUAUAUAUUUAUAUAUAAUAUAGUUUAAAUAGUAUCAAUAGUUAUAAAAUAUAAUAAUGAUAUUUGUUUAUUCUAACUUGUUUUAAAUUCUUCAAUAGUAUACUAUUUUUUCAGUAUGUUAUUUAAAUAAUAAAUGAUAAAAUAAUCAUCAGCAUAUUAUUUUCCUUUGUUAAAUUAUAGACCCAAUGAAUAUUUAAUCAAAAUACACGACUAUACAAUUUUUUUAAUUUUUUAAAAUAAAGUAACUAAAUCUAUUAAAAUAAUUACAUAUUUCUGUAUGAUGAUACUUAAUUUUUUUAUAUCAAUGAUAAAAAAUCGCUCAAUCGUUUCAAAUAUUAUUAUUAUUUUUUUUUUUUACUUCAAAUUUUCAGUCAGAUUAAAUUUUUUAUCAAUUUGUUUAAAUAAUAAUUAUAUAGUUAUAUUUUAAUUUUGUAAUAAGCUUAAAAUUGUCAAAAUAAUUAUUUCAAAUUGAUCAACCCAUUUUUAAUUGUUUCCAUUAAAUCCUAACAUUAUGUUUAUUAUUUUAAAAUGAUCAAAUCUUGUACGAAUUGUUGUUUUUAUUUUUUAAUUAGUUUCUUGACAAUUAUCAAAAGUGAAAAAUUUAUCUUGACAAUUAUUUUGCAUAGAAUUUAAAUUUUAUUUUCAAAAUUCAAAUUAGAUCCAGUUCAUUUUUUAUUCAGUCAGAGAAAUGUAGUUAAAUAUUAUAGAAAUUAAUGUGCUUAUCAUUUUUAAAAAUAUUAAAUAACAUAUAAAUUAAAAUCAAUUAAAUUUACAGUUAAUUAAUAUUGAUCAUUAGUUCAUACAUAGAUUAAAUAAAAUUAUAAAUACACAACCUUAAUACAAUAAUUUAUUGCUCAUUAUUUUAAUUUAGGUUUUACUCAAUAGUAAUGCAUGGUGGCAGGCGUCAGUGAGAAAUAAGUAUUUAAUCAUCUCUUGUCUCCAUGCGCCACUAGUGAGUCAAAUCCAAAUUAAAAUAAUAAGCAUUCAAUUAUUGCAUUGACGUUGCGUGUCUAUAGUAUUAUUUAGUCUAUGGUUCAUAUAACUAAAAUCUUAAAAUAUUAAGUUGUUAUUCUUACAAUAUCAACUAUAAUUUUUUUUAAAUAAAAAAAAACAUUGCAUGUAUGAACCAUAAUAUAUUUAUUGUAAUUACAGUUUUAUAUUUAGAUUUUUUAGUUUUAUUAUUAUUACGGUUCAAAAUUGUAUGUUUAGACCCUCGAGGUUCCUAUAUUAUACAACAUUUAUAGAUUGAAAUACAAAUCAGAAAUUGUAGUGCCAUAAUUUAACAUUUUCAUGUAUAUUAAUCCUGUCAAUUUAUAAUGUUAAUGGAUAAAAAAAUUAUUUAUUUAAUUUACAUUUGCAAUGAACAAACAACAAUAAAUAAUUAAAUACUUAAACAAACAUUAUGGCAACAUCAAAACACACUUAAUUGAUCCUUAAAGCUUAUGUAUUUUAGUACUUUUAAUUACUGCACAAUCUAGAUUUAGUUUUAUGCUGCACCAUAUUUAUACACCCAUUUAUGUCUAACACUACUGAUUUAUUAUGUAACAUCUUAGAAUUAUAAUAACAUUAUACAUUAAUGUGUAUUUUAGUUUAAUACUAGUCAAUAAUUAAAAAAAAAUGUAGUUGAGAAUUGUAUUAGAUGUUUUAAAUGUUAAUAAAUAUUUAUUAAGACUGUUUUAUACCAUGUAUUAAAACAAAUUUUUUUUUAAUUUAAUAUUCAUAUUAAAAAAAAUGCAUGAUAAACACAUAUUUGGUUUAUGAUACACAUAGUAGAAAUUAACUUAAUACGUUUUCUAAAUUAGAGAUAGAAGACUGGAGACACUUAGAGAAUGGCUACAAAUAUUAAGAGUUAAAAGGUUUUUUCAGAUGAAUAAAGCAUUAAAAAAAUAUAUAUUAAAUUGAUAAAACCUUAUUAAAUUAAAGUAAACUAAAAUUAAAUCAAAGAAUUUAAUGACUGGUUUAUUAUGCAUUUUAGUUGUUUAUGAUAAUGACCUUAAUAUAACAACAUUUGUAAAAGAAAUAUUAUAUAUUUAUUAUUAUUUAUUGUAUAGAGGUCUUAACCGAAGGCUUCUAUUUCUUUUUAGAACGUAUCAAUGUAUGGCAUUCUUGCAUAAUGUUUAAAUAUUUAAAAAAAAAAUGUAUAUAUGUAUAGUUUUUUCAGAAUAUUUGAUAACCUCUCAUAUUUACAAACUCUACGUAUAAUAUUUAAAAACUUCCAAUCUACGCUAUACACAUUUACAUCUAAAUCGGUAAAACUUAAUUUUAAUUUCACUACCUAUUUAUAAUUGUUCCCUAACGGUCCAUUGUAUAAAUUUACCAUUAUGUUUAAUGUCUUUAUUUACUAGUCUUAUAUGUAUGGCCUAAUUUAUAUUUAUUAUUAUUAUUUUCCUAUUUAUCGGGGUGAUUUGAAAAAUCCUUCAAGUUCCAUAUAAUUAAUUUAUACUUAUUUUAGAGUAAGUAAAUAUAUUUAAGUAUAACAGUGCCUUUUUAUAUUGUUUAUUGAUUUUUCAAUGCUUAAAAUUUCUAACCAUUUUCAUCUAAACUUCAGGUGUAUAUAGUCAAGCUAAUUACAGCUGCAUAUUUUAGUUUCAUAGAAUUACCUAUGUCUAUUCUAAACAUUUAUUAAAUUGUUGGUUUUCAAGUUUACCGUUUAAACAAUUAUUUAAUAAACUGUGUAUUACUAUUUGGAGUUUUGUAAGUUUAAAUUUUUUAAAUAAUGAUUGGCAAAUCAUUGAGUAAGAAACAUUAAAAUGUUGAUUUUGCUCAAUCAAAUUUUGUAUUUUUUUAUAUUUUCUAUCCCUUACCUACUCUUUGUCAGUAAAUUGUGCCAAAAUUUAAUUAUUGUAUGUCAGUGUUGACUGUCUUAUAAAAAACGAAUUUUGUUUUAAUGUUUUGAAGUCUGAUUAAAUAGUAUAGAUGUAGUUAUGUAGACGCUAUAUAUGAAUAAUAUUAUUUUUGGUCAUUUUUCUGACUAUUUCAAUUGUAAAAGUUAACAAAGUAUUACUUUCUGGUUUAUUGUGAUUAUUUUCCACUCCAUGUUUUAAGGAGAAUUACAUUUUUUUUUUUGUAACUAUUUGAAUUAAAUUCAGUCCCCCUUGAAUCAAUAUUAUUUUUAUAGAAUAAAAUACUUAAUAAUUAUUGUUUAUUUAUUAGUUACCUAAUUUAUUGUAUACACAUUUUAGUAAAUAAAAUACACAUAAUUUUGUUCAUUCUAAUUAUUGAGAAAAAAUUAGUAUGUAUAGAAAACUAGUCAAAAUUAAAAAAAAAAAAAUGCUUUGUUUUCUACUGGUUUUUUUUUUAAGUUAUUUUUGUUGUAAAAUUUGUCUAAAAUACCGAAAAAUAAUAUAAUAAUCUUAAUUCUUUUCAUUUUUAUAAAUAUAAACUGAAUUGUAUAGCUGUCAUUAAAUAAAUUGUAUUAUUAAUAUAAAUUUACCAUGAAAUAUACUUGUUAACUCUAUAAACUAAAUUAUUAUCUUAUAAAACAACAUCACAUAUUGAUAACUUAGUAAAGUAUAUGGAAAAGCUAAAAAAACCUUUGUGAAGAAAUUUUUGACCUGUUGAUUAAAGCUUUUCAUUCGUAUUAUAGAAUUAUUGUUACACACACACACACACACACACACACACACACACACACACACACACACACACACACACACACACACACACUCAUACUCACAAUUUAUUAAUAAUUUAUAAGUUUACAAAUGUUCAUAAUGGAAUAAAUGUCCACUUUGAAAACCAAAUUGCAUUGGUAUGAUUAAUGCUAUAGUAUUUUUCAUGUACCAAUAUUUUUAUUGUCCAAAAAUAUACUUACCACAUCUGCAUGUUUUCUUUAAUACAAUUUUUUUAUUUAAUAUUUAUGUUAUUUACCUGUACCUAUUUUGAACAAAAUUAUUAUUAUAUGUACUUGUGAAGAUGUACUAUAGACAAUAUAAUAUAAUAGUUUAAUACUAUAAUAAACCAUAGGAUAGUUUAAAUAGUUAAAAUAAAAUAUGUAAUUCAUUUGUAUACAAUACAUUUCUAAGUUACAUCAUAAAUUGUAAUAACAACUUUAUUUUAUUCACACAAUAACAAAUGAAAAAUAAAUUUUAUAUUUGUACGCCUUA